AUGUCUUUAUCUAAGCCAUAUAAUUUAGAUCACUUUUACCAAUUAAUUAAAGACAAGAAGUACAUUACUUACUUGCAGGACAAUCAAUUGUCUAGUGAUGUAGAGAACACUAUUGAAAACUACCCUUAUGUUGAUUGGAAUAUUGACCAACUGAAAUAUUUCCUUCAUCAACCAACUUCUACCUUUACCAAAUGCUCUGAAUCCUACCCCCCUUACAAUGUUGUUCCAAAUCGAGAUCCUCUAGACCAUUGGGUUGCCGAAUCAAUGAAGAUUUGGGACCGUGAACUUUAUGAUUCUUUAAAAGGAUAUACUAAACUAGCAAGAUUAGGACGAGUUUACCCUUCUUUAGCGAUGUUCUCACGGCCCUUAGUCACUCGUAAAAAUGUAUUGAGCUCUGAACGUUUUGAUCAGGCUUACAAACAAGCUCUGGGUCAACUCAGACAAUUAUUUGAGUCUUGCCGCGCUGAAACUCUUAGUCUCGACAAUAUAAUGAAACAAAUACCCAGAAACUCAUCGGCUGGAUACCCAUACUUAGGAAAGAAAAAAUCAGAAGUUUGGGACGAGGUUCAUAAACAGUCAAUUUCGAAUUAUUAUCGCCUCCUUCGUAAAGAGAAAAUUGAAUAUAAGCCAUGUGUUUUGGCUCUUCGAGGCCAUUUGUCACCAUUGGAACAAAAUAAGUCUCGGGCUAUCUGGGUUGUUCCAUUUGAAACUAUUGUUAUGGAAAACUUAUUAUUCCGUAAUGUUUAUGACUAUCUUUAUAAGAAACUUUCAGAUGUUUUUUUAACUGGAAAAAAUACACUUUAUCGUCUUAGAAAUUACUUGCACACCAAUAACGGCAUGGAUUUUAUCAAUCUCGAUUACAGUGGCUGGGAUGCUCAUCGUAUGCGAUUUGUUUCUAUGGAUGUCUUUGACAUCUUAAAGAAGUGUAUACAGUUUAAGCACACUGAUUUAGGAUCUGAAGAAUCCAUAUUUGAUUUUGUGCGUGAAACUUUUCUGGAAUCAAAGUUGAUGUUACCUGAUGGUUCUUGUUAUAAAAAGCAAGUUGGUACACCAUCUGGUAGUUUGUUAACUAC